CGAUUUCUUUUACUUUUGUUUUUUCAAUCCUUCAAUUUCUGUCAAUUACAAGUGCACUGUCGAAACCAUGGGACCUCAGGCGAAACGGCGAAAAGUGAACAACAAGACCGAGGAAAUCAAUUUCGAUGACUCCGCCCGCCAUCAAUUCUUGACGGGCUUUCGCAAACGAAAGCAACAGCGAGUGAAACAUGCGCAGGAGGUCGCAGAGCAGAAAUAUCGCGAAGCGAAGAGAGAGGAAAGAAAACGGAUUCGACAAGAAAGAACCGAAGGAUUCCAGCAAGCGAUCGAGGAGCAUCAAAAGCAAUUAAAGAGGAUCAAGGAGGAAAAUGGCGACAGUGACGAAUCCGAAUCUGGCAGUGAUGACGAGGCCGAGAAUCAGGAAUGGGAAGGGUUUGCAGAACCGCCGGCCGUGGACUACGAGGCCGAGUAUAUCGACGAGGAUAAAUACACAACGGUGACUGUCGAAGAGAUGGAUCCUUCGCGAGAAGGGUUGUUGAGGUCACGAGAAGACGACUCGAGCGAAGCGGAGGAACAAACGCAGGCAGCGCCCGAAGAAGCCGAGGCCAAGCAGGCGACUGCACCGACAAAGAAGCGGAUAUCCGAUAGCAAGCAUCCGAAGAAGAAGAAGAAGAAGUUCCGAUACGAAAGCAAGGAGGAUCGCAAGCUGACGCGGGCAAAGCAGCGUCUAUCGAACCACCGGAAGGCCCAGGCCCGGCGAGAGCGAGGAUAAACACACAGUUAAUGAACCGGGCACGGAUACAACCCCCCGGGGCAAUUCAAUUAAAUAUGUUCUAUGUACCUUUCCACAAGAAAGUAUAU